AAUAUGUUGAGGCAAUUCACAAGACAAAAAGAGCUUUGUCGGGCAGGUGUCACAAGAUUUGCUACUGCUUUUCUUACUCUUGAAAGGAUGCACCUACAGAAGCAAAAUUUAAGAAAAAUGUUCAUUUCAAAGGAUUGGAUAGAGAGUAAAUGGGCAAAAGAAGCGGCGGGGAAAAAGGUAGCUAAAAUCAUCAUGACACUUAGAUUUUGGAGCAAUAUUGUGCAUAUUUUAAAGAUAUAUGGCCCUUUAGUCCGUGUUCUGAGACUGGUUGAUGGCGAAAGAAAACCUGCAAUGGGUUAUAUUUAUGAGGCUAUGGAUAGGGCAAAAGAAACAAUUAUGAAGGCCUUCAAGGAGAAAGAAGAAAAAUACAAAGAAGUGUUUGAGAUCAUUGAUGCGAGAUGGGAAUGUCAACUUCAUCGGCCUCUGCAUGCUGCAGGACAUUAUUUGAAUCCAGAAUAUUUUUAUUCAUACACAGAUUCAAAUAUCUGUGGAGAAGUGGUGAAUGGUUUGUUUGAAAUUAUGGAGAGAUUGGUUUCAAACGCUGCCGAGCAAGAUAAAAUCACUGCCCAGCUCUCUAUAUAUCGAAAGGCAGAAGGGCUAUUUGGGAGGAAUGUGACAAUUAGACAUAGAAGAACAUUAUCUCCAGCAGAAUGGUGGGAAUGCUACAGAGCAAAUACCCCAGAAUUGCAAAAGUUUGCUAUUAAAGUGCUUAGCCUCACUUGUAGUGCUUCUGGUUGUGAGCGCAAUUGGAGUGUAUUUGAGCAGGUAUGUAAUAAAUAUAAAUGUUUGAUACUAUUAGUAUGCUACUUUUAUAAGUAGAAAAUAUUCUUUGAUAUUUUAUUAUACUUAUUGUGAUUUUUGAUAUUUUGUAGAU